AGAAAUUGAAACACAAGGAGGUCGAAGGGGAGGUGCGCUUCACUUGACUUCAGCAGUUCGUUGUUGUUUAAGUUGAAAGAGUCACGGGUAUUAUAGAUCAGUAACAUCAGCACGUUAGGAAUUGUGUUUUCGCAGCGCCAUCUUUCCGGUUGAUAUAAUCCGCUGCGUCCCUCCAACGAUGACUGUCGACUGAUGGGAAUAAUCAGAAAUCUUGCCACAAGUUUGACCGGAAUUCGUCAGAGUUCAAUUAGAAACCAUCACAAGAGGAUCAUGUCAAAACGACUCCAAGCAAGCAGGACCCACGGCGUGGAUAAAAACGUCUGGGUUGAAUUCACACAGCUGGCAGCAGACUACAAAGCGGUGAACCUUGGACAGGGAUUUCCUGACUUCUCCCCUCCUACGUUUGUCCAGGAGGCUUUCUGUAAAGCUCUGAACGGAGGACCCCUGAUGCACCAGUAUACCCGAGCUUUUGGCCACCCCCCUCUUGUGAAAAGUCUGGCUAAAUUCUUCAGUAGGAUUGUGGGACAUGAGAUUGAUCCUUUUGACGACAUCCUGGUCACAGUCGGAGCUUAUGAGGCUCUCUUCUGUGCAUUUCAGGCUCUGGUCGAUGAAGGGGAUGAGGUCAUAAUUGUUGAGCCGUUCUUUGACUGCUACCAGCCAAUGGUGAAGAUGGUUGGAGGAAAGCCGGUGUAUGUACCUCUGAGGCCGAAAGUGGAGGGCGGCGCCGUCCUGUCGAGUGGAGACUGGGUUCUUUCUGCUGAGGAGCUGGCCAGCAAAUUCACUCCACGCACAAAAGCCAUCGUUAUCAACACUCCCAACAACCCAUUAGGCAAAGUUUACAAGACCGAAGAGCUCCAAAUGAUCGCUGAUCUGUGCAUCAAACACGACGUGCUGUGCUUCACUGAUGAGGUGUACGAGUGGCUGACGUAUGAUGGAGCCAAGCACGUGAAGAUCGCCAGCCUUCCUGGGAUGUGGGAGCGAACCGUCACUGUUGGCAGUGCUGGAAAGACCUUCAGUGCUACAGGCUGGAAGGUUGGCUGGGCCAUCAGCUCUGGGAAGAUCAUGAAGCACAUGAAAACCAUCCACCAGAACAGUGUUUACCACUGCGCUACAGCUGCUCAGGAGGCAGUAGCUCAGGGAUUCGAGAGAGAAUUCGAGCUGUUCGGGACUCCAGAGAGCUACUUCCAGCAGCUGCCGGCCUUGCUGCACCACAAGAGGAAGAAGCUGGCCUCGUGUCUGGAGAGCGUUGGUCUGCGGCCCGUCAUGCCAGAGGGAGGCUAUUUUAUGAUCGCAGACAUCUCUUCAGUCAAGGUGGACUCCAGUGAGCAGAGCUCUGAGGAUGAACCCACUGACUUCAAGUUUGUUAAAUGGCUAACCAAAGAGAAGGGUUUGGCAACAAUCCCCGUCUCUGCCUUCUACAGUCCAGAGCACAGCAAGGAGUUUGACAAAUACAUCCGAUUCUGUUUCGUCAAGGAGGACUCCACCCUGGACGCGGCAGAGGACAUCCUGAGAAAGUGGAGUCAGGGACAGUAAAGCCGCCCAGCAGAAGAAGCGUCACCGUCCACCCACGUCUCACCUGCCUGCUCCUCAUUUAAAACUGAGCCAUACUGAGUGUUUCUGUAUGUGAACGUCCACUUGUAGUUUGUCCCACAAUCGUCCAAACACUCAAACUCUGACAGUGAUUUCAAAGAGGAAACUGAAAGAAACAUUUUUCGAUAGUAACAAAUAAUGUCUUGAAUUGCACAAAAAAUAAAGUUUUUGAUGAAUCCACGA